ACCCCCUUCAAAGAGUCGUGGGUUGUUGGUCCCCAAGACACUGAAUUCUACACACGCACUUAUGACGUCCACCCAGCUUUACCUCGCCCUCAAGCACAUAUCGUUUAUGUGCAUGGACACUCCGAACACAUUGGAAGAUAUGAACUCAUUUUCCCUCAGUGGACUGCGAGGGGCAUUUCUGUCUUUGCUUUCGAUCAGAGAGGGUUUGGGCGAACAGUGCACGAUCGAUGGCAUAACGAACGGUACUCCGUUUCGAGCUGGGAGCAGCAAAUGAACGACCUUGCGUUUUUCAUUCGGCGUGAGAAGGACAGGGUUGGAGAUGUCCCUGUUUUCCUCGUUGGUUAUUCAAUGGGAGGUGGAGCGUCUCUUUCGUUCCCUUGUAGACCUCACCCUCACGAGGGAAUAGUCAAGUUAAUUAAGGGAAUCAUUGCUGUUUCGCCAUCGAUUGGUCCCGGCAUAAAGAAGGGACUGCACACAGCUCCCGAUCAAGGCGACAGAAUGGAAAUAAACUGGGGGCUCCUUUCACAGUUCCUAUCAAAAGAUAACCGAGUGUCCUUGGCUGUCCGAGCGGAUCCGUUUAUAAAAUCGGCUUGCCAUGCAGGCCUUGCGAAGGAUAUCUGGGACAAUGGCGCUCAAUUAUUGGGCAAGCACUAUGACAGAUGGCCUGAGGACCUUCCCGUUCUCGUUGUCCACGGAAGUGGUGACAUCAUCACAUCUUAUGCAGAUUCCAAGGCAUUUAUCGAAAAACUCAGGGCGAGCGAUAAGCGCUAUUCCUUGAUUCCCGGCGGUUUCCACGAGUUACAUCAUGAACCGGAUGGCGUAGGAACGAACUUUAUCAACGAGUGCAUAACCUGGGUGAUCACUCAUGCAUAA